GCCAUACGACAAUUCAGCUGAAUAUUGGUUCUUGAAUAGAGUAGCAAGAUAUUCAUCUCAUACCUUUUUCGACUUACGCUCUCAAUUUCUCACUGCACCUUAAUCUGAACCCGAGCUUAUCAUCUUGGCUACUAAUCUCGACAGUCGUGAUGGAUUUGCCUAAAGUACUACUCAUAGGAACAAUAUAUUGUGCAUCUUCGGAAUGGAACAAUCUGUCAGAUAUCGCGGAAUUAAUCCAUCUUAAGGAUGGAGACAGAGAUACUUUUCGCAAUGGUUGCCAUUCGGGGCACUACGAUGGAGUCGUAGUAAUAAUAAGAUGUGAAGAUGCUUACAAAUACACUGGCCGUUUUGACACCGAUCUUAUUCAAUCUCUGCCAGAAUCGGUCAAAUUUGUGUGUGCUCCUCAGGUUGGAUACGAUCAAAUUGAAAUUAAUACCUGCACUAUCAAAGGUAUCGCCGUUUCAAACUCCCCCGCGAAGAUUGGUAAUGCAACAGCGAUGCUACCAUGUAUCUCUUGCUCGGUGCUUUACGUCGAUCAUGGAUUUCUUCUUCGUCCAUCCGGAAUGGCCAAUGGCGCGGGCAUGCUGGGUUAGGACACGAUCCGGAAGGAAAAGUUCUGGGGAUUCUCGGCAUGGGCAAUAUUGGUAGUGUAGUAGCCAAACGUGCCUCAGCAUUUGAGAUGCAUAUUCAAUAUCACAACCGCAGUCCCCUUCCAGCGGAAAGGAUCCCUCCAGGCACCAAAUACGUUACCUUUGAAGAGCUUCUCCGGACAAGCGAUAUCAUUUCAGUACACCUUCCACUCUCGGACAAUACUCGGUACACGAUCGGCUCGAACGAAUUUGCACAAAUGAAGGAUGGUGCCAUUUUGAUCAAUACUUCGCGGGGACCUCUAGUUGACGAACAAGCUUUGCUUGACGACUUGGAAUCCGGUAAAUUAUACAGCGCUGGUCUAGAUGUUUUUGAAAAUGAGCCUCAAGUACAUCCCAAGCUGUUAGAAAACGAGAAUGUUGUCCUGACUCCGCACAUGGCUGCUGCCACAUUCGAAACUAUUCACAAAUCAGAAGCCCUUGCUAUGUCUAAUGUUCGAAACGCACUUCAGCAUGGGACUUUGUUGACACAAGUUCGUGAACAACGAGCUGAAUAAAUAUUAUGUUCCUAGAAC